AUGGUCAUCCUGGGCGAAUGGUGCGACGCGGCUACUAUGGCAAACGAGCUCGAGAAGGGCGAUCUCAUCGAAUUCUCGCGGAGUGUAAUGAUUGUCGGGCGAAAGCGACGGGUCUAUGCGCAUUGGGCGAUCUAUGUUGGCAUUCUCGAGGACGAUGAGGGCUAUGUUGUUCACAUUAGCACCGAGGAUGGCGACUUCGGCGUUAGGCCAGGACAGGAUGGCAUGGGGAAGCUCGGGUCGAAGAUUGCCGGGGACAAUAUUGAGGUUCGAUGCGAUAAGCUCAUGCGAGUGGCCGGCGCUGACCUAUGCCGUAUCAACAAUUCAAUGGACAACUAUGUCGACCCGUUGCCACCCACGAUCGCUGUGUCCAGAGCGCUCAAUCAAUUGGGCACUGGCGGCUACCAUCUCGUCGACAACAACUGCGAACACUUUGCCAAGAGUUGCCGCUAUGGUGUCAAGGAAAGCUCUCAGGUGAACAAAGCCGUUCUCGCUAUGGCGGGCGCUUCGUCCCUGACCGCCGCCUCGUUGGGCAGCGCCCCGGCCGCCCUGCUCUUCUCGUUGUCCUACGCCGCAUAUUCCGUCUACAAGCGGAGCAAGUGGAGCAUCAUCAGU